GGAGUCAUAGAGUUCUCCCUUUGUCUUCUGUUUGCAAAGUUGGUGAGCUAUACUUUCCUCUUCUGGCUUCCCCUCUAUAUCACUAAUGUAGAGCAUCUUGAUGCCAAAAGAGCUGGGGACCUUUCUACACUGUUUGAUGUGGGUGGAAUCUUUGGUGGAAUUUUGGCAGGCCUGAUUUCAGACAGGCUGGAGAAGAGGGCAUCAACCUGCGGAAUGAUGUUAUUGCUUGCAGCACCCACAUUGUACAUGUUCUCUGCAGUCAGUAAAAUGGGCCUUGAGGCUACUGUAGUGAUGCUGCUCAUCAGUGGUGCCCUGGUGAAUGGCCCUUAUGCUCUGAUCACCACUGCUGUUUCUGCUGAUUUGGGUACCCAUAAAAGCCUGAAAGGUAAUGCAAGAGCCUUGUCCACAGUGACAGCGAUCAUCGAUGGAACAGGAUCUGUAGGUGCAGCUUUGGGGCCUCUUUUAGCUGGUCUUAUUUCCCCAUCUGGUUGGAACAAUGUGUUUUACAUGCUCAUGAUGGCAGAUGCAUGUGCCUUGCUAUUCUUACUCCGUCUUAUUCAGAAGGAGCUUCGGUGUAAUGCAGAUCAUACCCUGUAA